AUGUUUUUUAUUGUUUUUCUUUUUAAAAAAUGUACUUCGGAAUCACACGACGAAGAGAAGUCAGCCGAUAAAUAUUACCAUAGUAGAUGUGCAAGAACUAAAAAACGAUUUUCAUUUUUCGAGGCUGAUAGAUUGGUUACACCAAGAAGCAGUUAUGCUGAUCUCAGACGAGGCGUGGCCGUCGAUUCCUACAGUCUUUACAACGUGCCACAGAGAAAUUAUUACAGACUGCCACCAGAAAUUAUUUUCAUGAUAGAAAAUGUCAAGGUUUUUGGUCAUUUUAGUGAGAAUAUACUUUUGAAAUUAUGUUACCAUAUGCAAACAAAGUCAUUACUUGCCGGAGAGCAUUUGUAUGGCCCCUGCAAUCCUGAUCAAAAUAUAAUUGUUGUACAGUCGGGCAAAGUUGAGAUUUUAUUAGAAACUGAUAACAAAACACACACUAUCAAAACUGUUGAAAAGGGUGAGUCUAUUUAUAGUUUGCUCAACAUUUUACAGAAGUUUAGAAAAUAUCCAAAUCGUAGCAUGAAUCCAAUUAUACAUGGUGUAGCCAUUCAAGAUACAGUAUUAAUAACUUUGCCAAUUGCUGGUUUAAAAGAAGUUCUUGAUAAACAUACUGAUUCAUUAAUUGAUGUUAUAAAAAUAAUUGGUCUUCGACUACAAAAGGUCACUUUCUUCACUUUGAAAAACUUUUUUGGUUUAACGUCGGAUUUAUUAUUUGAGAAUGUAAAUUUUCAUGGGUUCAAUCAUUCAAAAGUUGUUGACAGUUCAUCCAAGUAUCAAUUGUGUUUCGUCGAAAACUGUGAUUCUGACAGUUCAAAUUCUUCACAUCUUGUGGAGUAUUGUUUAAUAUGUUCCAAUAAAAAAUUGUCAACGCAUUUUGCAAAAAACAAUAUUUGCAACCAAUGUUUUUUAGAAGCAUCUAUGUCCAGAUUUAAAAAACUUUUAAACCUUGAUCCUGAUAUUGCUGAUGUUGACAUUGAAGAGAUUCACAAAUCAGCUGGAUCUGUUAUUAUACAAGAAGGAACUCUUACUGAAAAAUUAUACUUUUUAGCUCUAGGAAGUGUUCAUUUGGAGGAAAAGACCGAAGCCAGCAAUGAUUCAACUGUGAUUGGUUUUCAUAAACAUGACAAAUUAAUUGGUUCGCUAUCCAUUUUGACUGGGGAAGCCAGUCUAUUUACAUACAGAGCUGUUGAAGAUUGUUAUUUACUUGCCAUUUCCAAAUCAAAUUUGUUUGAGGCAAUUUUUAAAAGUCCUGAUAUUAUAGUUGAACUUGGUGCAAGCAUUUUAAAUGACUUAUCAGCACUAGUGAAACAAGUUGAUUUUGGUUUGGAUUGGAAGCAUUUAGAAGCUGGUAAAACAUUGUACAACCAGGGUGAUGCAUCAAACAGUGCAUAUGUUGUGUUGACUGGUAGGCUGCAAUCCACAGUACAUGAGCACUCUAAGUCUAUGCUGACAGGUGAAUAUGGUAGAGGAGACUUAGUAGGGUUGGCUGAAACAUUGACUCAAUCUGUAAGAGGCAGUUUGGUGGUUGCAAUCAGAGACACAGAGUUGGCAUGUUUGUCGGAGGAGUUGAUUUCCUUCAUCAAGUUCUGCUACCCAAAUUCAGUUACGAAACUUGUUCAGUUGUUAGGACAAAAAAUUUUAAACUCUCUUUCUGAGAAAAAAAAUAUAUUCUCUAUGAUUUCCAAAGCUACUAAUAAGAAAGAAGAAGAAACUUGUACAAAUAAAUUUGGGAAGAUAUCAACUGUUGCUAUUUUGUCCAUUUCUAGUGGAAUUAAUGCAACAAUUUUUUGUGAAGUAUUAAAAUGUGCCUUGGAUAAAACAGAAACUGCUUUACUUCUGAAUUCAAGCAGAGUGUUAAAUCUUCUUAAUUCAUCAACUUUCGAAUCUAUUCCUAAUUAUUUUCUUUCUUCUUGGUUGUCUCAACAAGAAGACCAAAAUGAUGUUGUACUGUUUCAAUGUGAUAAUCAAAUAACGUUUUGGAGUAAAAUGUGCAUAAGGCAGGCUGACUGUGUCUUGAUAAUUGCUGACGCCAAAGAUAAUGCCACAAUAAGAUUAGUUGAAAAGCGAUUAGACGAAAUGUCUCCCAGAGCUCGAAAAUAUUUACUACUUCUACAUGACUUUGAUACAAAGAGGCCCAGUAAUACAGUUGAAUGGUUGAAACCGCGACCCUGGUGCUCAGGUCACUACCACCUUCGGUGUCAUCCUGGAAUUUUUUCAUCUGCAGAAAUCAAUGUUGUUCAAAACGUCAGUGCUGAUUUCUGCAGAUUAGCCAGAGUUUUGACCAAUAAAGCCAUUGGUCUUGUACUGGGAGGAGGUGCAGCAAGAGGUUGCGCUCACGUUGGCGUCAUCAAGGCAAUGCUUGAUGCUAACAUACCGAUUGAUAUGAUCGGCGGAACAAGCAUUGGUUCUAUGGUAGGAGCAGUCUGGGCAUCUGAAACACAAUAUUUUCAAUUUUUCAACACUCUGCAAAGUUGGUGUAAAAAUAAAGUCGGGAAAAUGUUAUUUCUUGCCGGAGAUUUAACAUACCCCUAUACUUCAUUUUUCACUGGUCGGAAUUUCAAUAACAUUGUCAGAGAAACUUUAGGUGACUCGGUAGCAAUUGAAGAUUUGUGGCUACCAUACUUUUGCGUAACCACCGACAUCAGUGUUUGUAAAUCGCGUGAACAUUUUUUUGGAUCCCUUUGGCGUUAUGUAAGAUCCAGCAUGACCUUAGCUGGUUACAUGCCACCACUCUGCGAUCCAGAAGAUGGCCAUUUACUUCUUGAUGGAGUUUACACCAACAAUUUGCCAGCAGAUAUUAUGCAUCAGCAAAUGGUCGGCGUUAAAACUAUUUUCGCCGUCGACGUUGGUAGAGUUUCAUCUGAAAAUUUCUCUCGAUACGGAGACUCACUGAGUGGCUGGUGGGUGCUUAUAUCUCGCAUCUGUCCAUGGAUGGAAAGUAUGAAAGUCCCAAAUAUUUUCGAAGUUCAGUCAAAAGUUGGUUAUGUUUUGUGUGAAAAGCAAUUACUAGAAGUCAAAUCUAGUAAUAUCUGUGAGUACCUCAGACCACCGAUAGACAAAUACGGUUCACUACAAUUUAGCAAAUUUGAUGAAAUAUUUUUGGUUGGCUAUUCCUAUGCUGAAAAAUAUUUUGAAGAAUGGAAAUUAAAAUUCAAUAUACCUACAACAUCCAGGUGA